AAACCUAGAGCCCCCGGUAUGCUGGGAAACCAGCGCCCGCCGCCGCCUGUUUCGCCGGCGCUCCCCCAGCUAUAUUAACCCACGCACCCCACCCGAUCAUCUCUCAAAUCUCAAGUCUCAGCAUAACAGCAUCACAAUUCACACAACCUCACUCCAGCGACCAGCGAGCGAUCUCUCGAGGCAGGCAAGUCCUAAGCUAAGCUAAGCUCCGAGGAAGAAGGACAUGGCGGGUGCGGCGAAGGCGUCGUGGAUAGUGGCCAUGAGCGUGGGCGCCGUGGAGGCGCUCAAGGACCAGGCCGGCCUCUGCCGCUGGAACUACGCGCUGCGCUCCAUCCACCGGGCCGCCAAGGCCAACGCUCCCAGCUUCGCGCAGGCCAAGAAGCUGGCCCCGGCGGCGGAGAGGAGGCGGGCGGACAAGGCCGAGGAGGGCAUGAGGACCGUCAUGUACCUCAGCUGCUGGGGUCCUAAUUAGGCGUGAUUAGGUUCUCUCUCUGUUUCAGCUUUGAGCAGCCGAGCUUGUCUUCAAUCCUGGCCGGUUGCUCCUCCUGAUUGUAGAUACACGAUGAUGAUGAUGAAAAGUUGUGCUACUUCAUUCGAGUA